CGUGUGAGAAAAGCACCUCAUUUUGUUGGAGUGAGUGUGUAGUGUUCAGCCCAAAGAGUAGAAUUGAAUUGGUUCAGUUUUCAAGUUUUCAUCUUUGCAAUUCACACAAACAUGGCUGCUCUUCUUCCUUCUCCCUCUCACCUUCUGUCUCCUAACUCUUCCUCUCGUUUCCUGGGAUUCAAGUUGCGCCUUUCUUCACCCUUUUGCAUUUCUCUUUAUGCUUUAAGCUUCCUAUUCUGUUAUUAUUUAUAUUAUUAAGUUAAAGUACAAAACCCAUUGUUUCAGUUGCUGGUAGAGCUUUUUUUCUUACUAUAGUGUUCAUCUUGUAAUCUGAAUGAAAGGUAUUCCCUAUGCAUAUUUGAGAAAGAAAAAAAAGGCUUAAUUUUUACACUCUUGAAUUCGGUCAUUCUGUUGAAACAGUUUACAGUAAUCAAAUGAUAAGUGUAAAUAAUUAUUUACAUAUAUUAUUUCUUUGUUUGUUUGUGAUUGUGUAUUAUGGAAUUAGUCAAAUCUGAAAAGUGCUAGUUAUUAUUUGGUUUCAACAUUAUGAAUCUUUGACAAAAUUUACACUCCGUCUAGAAAUGAUUUCUUUUUGCAGUUUAGGGUACAAUUAGCUAAGGCAUUCAUAGAUUAUAGUCUGCUGAAUUGGCUUCAUCUGCUGAAAACUCUUCUUUGUACUGUGGCAGGUUUCAUCAUGCUUCGUUCAAAAGAAUUUAAGUAUUAAGACAUUUUCUGCUUCUUUCAAGACACGCCCAAAGAUCUCGUGUGCUAUGAAUAAUAUGUCUGCCCAGCAAUCAGAUGACCAUGAGAAGAUAAAUUUGAACCAAUUAACAGACAAGGCACAAAAGCUUUGGGACGGUUCACCUGAGCCGGUGAAGAAAUUCCCAUGGAAUAGAGCCUUGGACAACUUUAUUCAACUCAUUCUUGAUCUUGUUUUGGCCGUAGUAAAAUACCUAGCUGUACCUGUGUUCAUAGUUACCUCCAUUAGUGAGUUAUCUUACUGUGGACAUGAAAGGAAGCUGGCUCUUGUUCCUAUUCCAUUUCUCUUCGGUGUUGCUGUUGCUGGGGUCCUUAAGAAGACUGCUUUAGAAUUAUCUCCACGACUAAGGGAUGCAGAAGUUCCAUGGCAUUUACUUGCCAUUGCAAUUUUCUUCACAUUAAUCAAAUUGCCCGGUCCGUAUUACCCUUAUUGGGGACGCAUAAUCAUUCCUCAUUUUGUAAAUGGUGUUCUCUUAAGGAUUCUCUGGUUUGCAAUUAUGUGGUAUAGAAGGCCUCAAAAAGCAUUGAAGAUAUCAGAUUCUACAUAUGAUAGUUAGUACACACCCUGAGCUAUGACACCAACCUGAAGAACAAUUUAUGUAGUAAGUACCACCAAUUUUUUCCAUAUUUCAUAUCUCCGAAUCCACUGCAUGUAUGAAAAAUUGUGAGUUGGGUCUUUACAAGGCUAUGGUAAUUGCUUUUUCCUCUGAUGCGUAAAUACUGUUUUGUCUUUUGUGGAUAUUGAUCUUGUCAUAUAUAUGGGAAUAUAUGGUAAAUUGAUACGAGCAUUUUAUAAUAUAUGUGCAUGUCAAGAUCUUGUGAUUGACUUCAGAUGCUUAUUAGAAAUGUUAUUGAUAAAUUAAUCAUUAACUUGUAUUUUGUUCGAUACUGCCGACACUUGCUAUUACCCAUGAAAAUUCAAUUGGAGCACUAGGCAGUCCUUGAGAAUCUUGUUGAAAUUACAAAUGUCUUUGUUGAGAAAGAUGUAGAAAGCUAUGCUUGAUUACUAUGUUUCAGGGGAAUGGCAAAUUUGAUUCUAUUGGAACUGGAUGAGCCAGAUAAAUAGGUUUAUAGGCAUUACAAUUUACCAGCAGGUAGCAAGCUGUACUUGAGAAGUAGAUGUGACGGGCGACUCAACAUUUGUCUCAGUAAACUCGGGACUUCUAUUUGAGUUGCCCUCCUAGUGAGAUCAUUCAGCAGUGAAACUCUAUUUCUAAUGUACUGGUGUCAUCAUUUGUUGGAGUUUUCCAUUUUAAUGUUGGUGACAUCAUUCAGGUUUGGAGCAAUGAAGCAUAUCAAAGUGUUGAGCACAGAGUUAUGGUGAACUCUGAAAGAAAGGUUUUCAAUUCCAUUCUUUUUGAAUCCUUCACACUACACCAUCGUGGAACCAUUAGAAGAGCUGGUAAAUGAGAACAACCCUGCCAAAUACAAGCCUUACAAUUGGGGCAAGUUUUUCGUCACUAGAAAGCGCAGCAAUUUCAUGAAGCUUGAUGUUGAAAAUAUUCAAAUUUAUCAUUUCAAGGUUUAGAUGAAGAGGGGGAUUGUAGAAAACAUUUUAUGCUUCAUUUACUUAGAAAUAAGCAAUGCUAAUGUAUAUUUUUUACCUGUCUUGAAUAAAAGUAGCAAUUUU